AACCACAUUUUCUUCCUUCUUUCUUUCUUUUCAUUUACCAUUCCCUUAAAUGCAAAACCAGACCCUAUUUAAUGACCCCUUAUGUGUGUGAAUAUGAAGUGCCUUUGUCAUUUGUACCACUUCACUGUUCUCAGUCCUCACACCCUCAAACUUUGACCACUUGGCACAAUCUAAGCUCCACACACCAUUAGUACUAUCUUACAAAAACUUAAAUGCAUAAUUGAAACCUGUGUCUAUUUAAGUGGUGAAUAAUUUAGUGGUUGGUGUUCAUCUCCAUUGUUUUCUUUUGCAUUGUUAGUGUCUAGAGAAAAUGAGUUAUUUAGGUGUAGGUGUUAGUCCUGGAACAGUUCCAGUGUACCAUAGCACAAACCUGAAAUUGUUGGAUAAGAGGAUCAAGAUAGCUGAGUUGGUGUUAAGGUUUAUGAUUCUUGGUCUUGGAGUUGUUGCAGUUGUUCUUAUUGGAACUGAUUCACAAGUGAAGGUGUUUUUCUCCUUUAAGAAGGAAGCUAAAUUCACUGAUGUUAAGGCUUUGGUAUUCUUGGUAGUUGCUAAUGGUUUGGCUGCUGGAUACUCUUUGAUUCAAGGACUGCGUUGUGUUGUGAGUUUGGUUAGGGGAAGUGUUCUCUUCAACAAGCCCUUAGCUUGGGCCAUUUUUUCUGCUGAUCAGAUAAUGGCAUAUGUAACAGUUUCAGCAGUGGCGGGUGCAGGGCAAUCAGCAGUGAAAGUAUGCAACAUGUAUGAGAAAUUCUGCAACCAAGUGGGAGAAGGAGUGGCUAGUGCUGUUGUAGCUUGCAUCAGCAUGGUGCUCCUCUCUUGCAUUUCUUCUUUCACUCUCUUCCGUUUGUAUGGUCCUAACAAAACCAAAUCUGCUGCUUGGUAAUAAUAAUGCAUCACUUUGCAACUAAGAAGUAACCUAGCUAGCUACCUCUCUUUUGGACCAUUACAACAGUUAUUUAUGUAAUUUAGGAAAGAAAAUUGUUUUUCUUUUUCUUUUGUGUACACCUCUUUGUAUAUUUUUCAUUUUUUGGUAUAAUAUCAAAAGAUUAAAAAUGUACAAAAGAGAUGUACACAAUCGUAGUGCAUGUAACAUUCUUCUUUUUGUGUAUAUGUAUGGAUCUAGUUGUGGUGAAUGAUGUUGUUAUUUGAUAAUAUGAAAGGAUAUUUUACUGGUCAAGGGCUUAAUUAUUUAUGC